AUGUCUAAAAAUAGCAACAUGAAUAACAAUAGGUCCCAAGAACCGAAUAACAUGUUUGUGCAAACGACAGGAGGCGGUAAGAACGCUCCAAAGCAAAUUCAUGUUGCACACAGGCGUUCCCAAAGUGAGUUAACGAAUCUGAUGAUUGAACAAUUCACUUUGCAGAAGCAAUUGGAGCAAGUUCAAGCACAGCAACAACAGUUAAUGGCGCAGCAACAACAAUUGGCGCAACAGACCGGUCAAUACUUAUCAGGAAAUUCCGGUUCAAACAAUCAUUUUACGCCCCAACCCCCUCACCCUCAUUACAACUCAAAUGGUAAUUCGCCCGGUAUGAGUGCAGGUGGCAGUAGAAGUAGAACUCAUUCCAGAAACAACUCUGGAUAUUAUCAUAAUUCUUAUGAUAACAAUAACAACAACAAUAAUAACAACAACAAUAAUAAUAAUCCUGGGUCUAACUCACAUAGAAAGACGAGUUCGCAAUCCAGCAUAUACGGCCAUUCUAGAAGGCAUUCUUUAGGUCUAAAUGAAGCUAAAAAGGCUGCUGCUGAAGAACAGGCCAAGAGAAUAUCUGGGGGUGAAGCGGGCGUGACUGUGAAGAUAGAUGCUGUUCAAACAGAUAGUAGCUCAAAUUCUGCUACGGAGCAAUCUGACUUCAAAUUCCCACCACCGCCAAAUACUCAUCAGGGGCACCGCCGCGCAACUUCAAACCUAUCACCUCCCUCUUUCAAAUUUCCUCCGAACUCUCACGGCGAUAAUGACGAUGAAUUCAUAGCAACCUCUUCAACGCACCGCCGUUCAAAGACAAGGAAUAACGAGUAUUCUCCUGGCAUUAAUUCCAACUGGAGAAACCAAUCACAGCAGCCCCAACAGCAACUCUCUCCAUUCCGUCACAGAGGCUCUAAUUCAAGGGAUUAUAAUUCUUUUAAUACUUUAGAACCUCCUGCAAUAUUUCAACAGGGGCACAAGCAUCGUGCUUCUAAUUCAUCUGUUCAUAGUUUUAGUUCACAGGGUAAUAACAACGGAGGUGGGCGUAAAUCCCUCUUCGCACCCUAUCUCCCUCAAGCCAAUAUCCCUGAGUUAAUCCAAGAAGGAAGACUAGUAGCUGGUAUUUUAAGAGUUAAUAAAAAGAACAGAUCAGAUGCUUGGGUUUCUACAGAUGGCGCUCUUGAUGCUGAUAUUUACAUUUGCGGCUCCAAAGAUCGUAAUAGAGCUCUCGAAGGUGAUUUAGUUGCAGUGGAAUUAUUAGUUGUUGACGACGUUUGGGAAUCCAAGAAAGAAAAGGAAGAAAAGAAGAGGAGAAAGGAUGCCUCUAUGCAGCACGACCUAAUUCCCUUGAACAGUAAUGACGAUUACCACAACGAUGCAUCUGUCACUGCUGCAACAAGCAACAAUUUUCUAUCCUCACCCUCUUCAUCUGAUUCACUAAACAGAGAUGAUUCAUCCGUCAGAAGAAAGAGAUCAUCCACUAUUAAUAAUGAUAGUGAUUCUUUAUCAUCUCCUACCAAAACAGGUGUGAAAAGAAGAAGUUCAUUGAAACAACGUCCUACUCAAAAGAAAAAUGAUGAUGUUGAAGUUGAGGGCCAGUCGUUGCUAUUAGUUGAAGAAGAAGAGAUCAAUGAUAAAUACAAGCCACUUUACGCAGGUCAUGUUGUUGCCGUUUUGGAUCGUAUCCCUGGUCAGUUAUUUAGUGGUACAUUGGGUUUAUUGAGACCUUCCCAACAAGCCAAUAGCGACAAUAACAAACCACCACAAAGCCCAAAGAUUGCUUGGUUCAAGCCUACUGAUAAGAAGGUCCCAUUAAUUGCAAUUCCUACGGAAUUAGCUCCAAAAGACUUUGUUGAGAAUGCCGAUAAAUACUCCGAGAAGUUAUUCGUUGCCUCUAUCAAACGUUGGCCAAUCACAUCUCUGCAUCCAUUUGGUAUUCUGGUUUCCGAACUUGGGGAUAUUCACGAUUCUAAUACUGAAAUUGAUUCUAUUUUAAGGGAUAACAAUUUUCUUUCAAAUGAAUACUUGGAUCAAAAAAAUCCGCAAAAAGAAAAACCAAGUUUCCAGCCACUACCAAUAACCCCUGAAAGUUUAGAAUUUAGAAGGGAUUUUACUGAUGCUAAUGAAUACAAUAUCUUUGCGAUUUCCGAGCUUGGAUGGGUCUCGGAAUUUGCUUUGCAUGUCAGAAAUUACGGAAAUGGUACUUUAGAGCUGGGUUGUCAUGUUGUUGACGUAACCAGUCAUAUUGAAGAAGGCUCCUCUGUUGAUAGGCGUGCGAGAAAGAGGUCCUCCGCCGUAUUUAUGCCACAAAAACUUGUCAAUUUGUUGCCACAAUCUUUCAAUGACGAACUUUCAUUGACUCCUGGUAAGGAAUCGGCCACAAUAUCGGUCGUUUACACUCUAGAUUCUUCUACUCUAAGGAUUAAAUCUACUUGGGUGGGCGAAUCUAAAAUUUCCCCAUCAAAUAUUCUAUCAUUGGAACAGUUGGACGAAAAAUUAUCAACUGAGAGCCCUGGUAGCUACCUUUCUACUGUACAAGAAAUCGCUAGAUCAUUUUAUGCUAGAAGAAUAAAUGAUCCAGAAGCUAAGUUGCUUCCCACAUUAUCCUUGUUGGAAAGCUUGGAUGACGAAAAAGUUAAGGUUGACUUGAACAUCUUGGAGAGGACUUUAGGCUUUGUUGUAAUUAAUGAAAUUAAAAGAAAAGUCAACUCAACCGUAGCAGAGAAGAUUUACACCAAACUUGGCGACCUAGCUCUUUUGAGAAGGCAGAUGCAACCGAUUGCAACCAAGAUGGCGUCAUUUAGGAAGAAGAUUCAAAAUUUCGGUUACAAUUUUGAUGUCAAUACAGCGGAUGAAUUAAUCAAAGCAGUGCUAAAAAUCAAAGACGAAGAUGUUAGAGUCGGAAUCGAAAUUUUGCUGUUCAAAACCAUGCCAAGGGCUAGAUACUUUAUUGCAGGUAAAGUGGACCCAGAUCAAUAUGGUCAUUAUGCUUUGAACCUGCCUAUUUACACACAUUUCACAGCUCCAAUGAGAAGAUAUGCUGAUCAUGUCGUUCAUAGACAGCUAAAAGCCGUUAUUCACGAUGAUCCAUACACCGAAGAUAUGGAAGCUUUGAAGAUUACCUCGGAAUAUUGUAAUUUUAAAAAGGACUGUGCCUACCAAGCACAAGAACAAGCAGUUCACCUACUGUUGUGCAAAACAAUCAACGACAUGGGUAAUACCACCGGACAAUUAUUAACAAUGGCUACUGUUUUGCAAGUUUACGAGUCUUCCUUUGAUGUCUUUAUUCCAGAAUUUGGUAUUGAAAAGAGAGUUCACGGGGAUCAACUACCUUUGAUCAAAGCUGAGUUUGACGGUACCAAUCGUGUUUUGGAGUUGCACUGGCAACCUGGCGUAGAUAGCGCAACUUUCAUACCACCAGAUGAGAAAAAUCCGAAAUCCUAUAGAAAUUCCAUUAAGAACAAAUUCAGAUCUACAGCUGCUGAAAUCGCUAACAUUGAACUCGAUAAAGAAGCUGAAGCAGAACCAUUGAUUAGCGAUCCAUUGAGUAAAGAACUCAGCGAUUUGCAUUUAUCAGUACCAAAUCUAAGACUUCCAUCUGCGAGCGACGACAAGCAAAGUGCUCUAGAAAAGUUUAUUUCUACUACUGAAACCAGAGUCGAAAAUGAUAACUAUAUACAAGAAAUACAUGAACUGCAAAAGAUUCCUAUUUUAUUGAGAGCUGAAGUGGGAAUGGCUUUGCCAUGUUUAACUGUCCGUGCAUUAAAUCCAUUCAUGAGGAGAGUAUAA